UUCCAUGCCUUGGAAAAGGACAACAAGCUGCCAGCUGUAGAUACCAGAUGAUCAGACGCAAGGAUCACCGCUAUCUGGGGCGGAGAGGAAUUUAAAGAUCCGCCAGGUUUGGGGUUGGCUUGAAUUUUUCUUCUUUGACUCUUUGACUUGACGUUUAUGCCCUCCUCCUCCGUCUCCCCAUCCCAAACGGUGAAGAAGGAAUUUGAAGCUUUACCUGUUUAAAGGAGACGCCUUCUUUCAUCGAAGUUUAAAGAUACUGCUUUCAUUUUUCCCCUAUAAAAAGGUAUAAAAACAAGGGCAAUCGGAGAACAUUGGUUUACUUAAAGAAAACAGGCGGAACUCUUAUAUUAUUCCAAAAAUAAUCAUUCGGGGAGGGAUUACACCCAAUUAUGAGGAAUAAGAGAGAGUGCUGCUGUUAAAGGUGCGGAAGCAACAGAAUAUAUAGAAGUCUGGAUUUUGAUGUCCAUUGUAUGUGUGCGUGAAGGAAACAGCAUGCUUUGGCUAAAGAGUAAAGAUGUUGCAAGUUGAACCCAGAUGACAAGUAGUUCUUUUGUGAGGGAUAAUCAGUGCUAUGAAGCAGCUCAUUCUUUCUCAAAUCCUUGGAAUUUUGGGAUUUUCUUUGGAGAUUCGGCAGCAUGGCAAAAGUCAUUCAGAAGAAGAACCACUGGAUCACAAAAGUAAAUGAGUGCACGAUUAUCCGGGACACGAGAGGGGAGUUGAACGUGGAGCUGCACGGUGGAGCGGAGAAUGGAGAGUUUACAUACAUUGGAGAUAUCAGGGAAGAUGCUGUGGUUUAUCAGGACGGAAAGCUGUCCAAGGGAGAACUACUGCUAGACGUGGAGGGUCUGUCGGUGUCUGGAUUACCCCUUUAUGACAUCUACACUGUGAUCAACUGCUGCAAGGGACCUGUCAGGUUUAAAACUGUUCGACAAGGCAACAAGCUCAACAAGGACCUAAAGCACUUCUUGAGCUUAAGGUUUCAGAAAACAUCACCUGACCACGAGUUGCAGAAAACCAUCCGAGCCAAUCUAUAUCGCCAUGCUGUGCCUUGUACGACCCGCCCCCCUCGAGACGGAGAGGUCCCAGGGUUGGAUUACAACUUCCUGUCUGUGGAGAACUUCCUACAACUGGAGGACAGUGGCACACUACUGGAAGUAGGAACAUAUGAAGGUAACUAUUAUGGGACCCCAAAGCCUCCAAGGCAGCCCAUCAUUGGGACAGUGACUCUCAGUGAUGCUGGCUCCCUUCCGUCCACACCAAAGCGCACCAAGUCCUACAAUGACAUGCAAAAAGUCCGCGUAGUGCCUGCUGACAACGACGAUGACGACCAGGCCACGGAAAUGAACAACAGUUUUACAGGAUCCUUAGUGCGUAGUCUCUUCCCCUCUCCUUUGCUGUGCACAGGUAACCCUAACGACCAGGACGAGAGCCGCAGCGGCAUCCUCCGGCCGUAUCCCGUGCGUGAUAAUGCUCUACCCUGUGGUCUGAACAAUGCAGCCAUUUCCACUGCAGAGAGCGGGCAGCAGACUCUUGCAGAGCCCCAGGUCUCACCAGAGGACCCACUGGGACCGCUGCCUGAAAACUGGGAGAUGGCCUACACAGAGAACGGGGAACUGUACUUCAUAGACACGACAAAGACUCUCCACCAGGACAUGGCUGUGUGUUUUCAGAGCUUCCACAACACAAAGACCACUUCAUGGCUGGAUCCCCGGUGUAGAGACAAAGUCCCCAGGCCUCUGGAAGAGUGUGAUGAUGAUGAAGAAGGGAUACAUGCGGAAGACCUGAAAAGUGAUCUAGAACUGCCUCCAGGAUGGGAGAGAAUAGAUGACCCAGUGUACGGAGUGUAUUAUGUGGACCAUAUAAACAGGAAGACCCAGUAUGAGAACCCAGUUUUGGAGGCGCGGCAUCAAAAAAUCUUGGAGCAGCAGCAACCGCCGCAGCCUCCAGAAGGUGAGCGGUAUAUCCGAGAGUGGAUAGAGGAGCAUUCGUCUGCUGCAGCUCCAUUGGCAAACUAUGUUCCAAACCACCUUGAGACAUACAGGGACCCACAGGUCCCACCAGCUCUACCUCCUGGCCCAGUCGGGGUUAAAAGGGGGAAGCCUUUCUUCACCAGAAACCCUGCAGAACUGAAAGGAACCUUUAUCAACACCAAGCUAAAGAAAAGUCGCCGUGGAUUUGGCUUCACAGUCGUUGGUGGCGAUGAGCCUGAUGAAUUCCUGCAGAUCAAAAGUCUGGUGCUGGACGGGCCUGCAGCUGUCGAUGGCAAAAUGGAGACAGGGGAUGUGAUUGUCAGUGUAAAUGACACCAUCGUUCUGGGCUACACACAUGCACAAGUGGUGAAGAUUUUCCAGUCCAUCCCUAUCGGCUCAAUGGUGGACCUGGCCUUAUGUCGAGGAUAUCAGCUGCCAUUUGACCCAGAUGACCCAAACACCAGCCUAGUGACCUCUGUGGCGAUCUUGGACAAGGAGCCUAUCAUUGUCAAUGGACAAGAGACUUUUGAUGUACCCGCCAACCAGGCUGGACCCAUCAAUGGCAUGCGGGAGGCACGGUCGCACAGCCCCUCAGCGGAGGUGGCAUCAAACGGUUCACAUGGGUACUCCGCUGACGUGGUCACCCUGGCCUCAGCCAUCGCCACCCAGCCAGAGCUGAUCACCAUACACAUGGAGAAGGGAGACAAAGGGUUUGGCUUCACAAUUGCUGACAGCCUGACAGGAGGCGGGCAGAGGGUCAAGCAGAUAGUGGACUACCCACGGUGCCGUGGCCUGAAAGAGGGGGACAUUCUGAUGGAGGUUAACAAGAGAAACGUCCAGAAUAUGAGCCACAACCAGGUGGUUGAUCUGCUCAGCAAAUGUCCGAGAGGCAGCGAAGUCACCAUGUUGGUGCAAAGAGGCGUGGUGCCAGCCAAGAGAAGCCCAAAGCUGGUGCACCAGUUGGAGAGAAAGGACAGUCAGACCAGCUCCCAGCACAGCGUUUGCAGCCAUCGAAGCGCUCACACCGACUCUCCAAGCCACCCACCCUCUGCCAUGCCAAGUGAGGCAGUGGUCCCCACUCCUGCUGCUCCCACACAGCCUCUGCCGGUCUUGCCCCCCCAAGACCCAGCAGAUGGCACUCUCACCCUCCAGAAGAAGCCAGACCCAUUCAAGAUCUGGGCCCAGUCCAGAAGCAUGUAUGAAAGUCGAUUGCCAGAUUGCCAGGAGCAAGACAUUUUCCUUUGGAGGAAGGAUACUGGCUUUGGCUUCCGCAUUUUAGGAGGAAAUGAGCCUGGAGAACCUAUUUACAUUGGUCAUAUAGUGAAAUAUGGUGCUGCGGAUGAAGAUGGCCGCCUGCGGUCUGGUGAUGAGCUUAUUUGUGUGGACGGCACAGCAGUAGUGGGCAAGUCCCACCAGCUGGUGGUUCAGCUGAUGCAGCAGGCUGCCAAACAGGGUCAUGUAAACCUCACGGUCAGGCGCAAGACCCCCGGAUAUGGAGUGUCAAAGGGAGAGGGUGAUGUUCCGCCAUCGCCGGCCUCUUCCCAUCACAGCAGCACUCAGGCGCCAAGCCUCACAGAAGGCAAGCGGACCCCUCAGGGAAGCCAAAACUCCCUGAACACAGUUAGCUCUGGCAGUGGAUCUACCAGCGGUAUAGGCAGUGGUGGUGGAGGUGGCAGUGGAAGCGCUGUGGUGCCCGCCUCUCUCCAGCCAUACGACGUAGAGAUCCAGCGGGGAGAAAAUGAGGGAUUUGGUUUCGUCAUCGUGUCAUCCGUCUCCCGGCCUGAUGCUGGAACCACAUUGGCUGGAAAUGCAUGCGUUGCGAUGCCCCACAAAAUAGGUCGUAUCAUAGAGGGCAGCCCGGCUGACCGCUGCGGGAAGCUGAAGGUUGGAGACCGGAUUCUGGCUGUCAAUGGCUGCUCCAUCACCAACAAGUCACAUUCGGACAUCGUCAACCUGAUCAAAGAGGCCGGGAACACUGUCUCACUCAGGAUCAUUCCAGGCGAUGAAUCUUCCAAUGCUUCUCUCCUGACUAAUGCAGAGAAAAUCGCUACCAUCACCACCACACACACACCUCAAACCACAGAGUUAAGGAAUCAUUCAAAGUCAAAAGGAGUUCCUCCUCCACCUCCUUCGCAAACUCAUCUGCAGGAUGCAGAAUACUAUUCUGUGGACCUUGAACGGGACAGUAAAGGCUUCGGCUUCAGCCUAAGAGGAGGACGGGAGUACAACAUGGACCUUUAUGUGCUGAGACUAGCCGAGGAUGGGGCUGCUGUCAGAAAUGGCAAAAUGAGGGUGGGAGAUGAGAUCCUGGAGAUUAAUGGUGAGAGCACAAAGAACAUGAAGCAUUCACGAGCCAUUGAACUGAUCAAGAAUGGAGGUCGGAGGGCAAGGCUUGUCCUAAAGAGAGGAGAUGGAUCUGUACCCGAGUAUGACGGCAGCAGUGACGGGUACCCUUCCCCAUCCGGGGCACAAAACGCUCCGGAAGUGAGAAAGCUGCCGCCCAACAGCCGAUAUCACACCUCAUUUGAGUCCAGUUAUCCACCAGACUUUCACAAACCAUCACGCCUGGAGGAGCCUUCGCGUGGCCGAAGUAUGGAGAAGAACAGGGACUGGGCCGGCUCAGAUCUGAUGGACUUCGAGGGCCGGCAGUUUAACCCCCACCUUCAUCACACCUGGAAUAACAGUCACAGUCAAAGUAUCCCCCGACAGCAGUCUCCCGACAACAGUAAUGGCAGCACCGGUGGCAACAAGAAGAGCCGAGGACGCAAAGUCAAGAAGUCUGAAUCAGAGAGUGGCAUCUCCAAGCUCCUGAAAAGUCUAAGGAAAGACAGCUCAGGGAAGAAGGCUGCUGCAGCCGAAAAACUGCGAGGCAGAGAGCUCUCGAGCAGCAGUUCUACUCUGGACAGUAAACUCCGUCCACAGCGUCGUGGCUCCCUUGAUCGCUCACCAACCAGGAAGCGUAACUCAUCUCCGGAUCGUCGGCGGGCAAAGUCCAUGGACCGCAGAGCACAUCGGGACCACACACCUGAGAGGGAAUAUGAUGACGGAGGGUUUCUCUCUGUAACACCUGAGAGAAAGCUCUAUGAACGGAAGCUCCUCAAGGAGUCACCGUUAGCCGGUCGAGUCAGUGAGGUCUCCACCCCUGAGCGAGUCAACAACAGUGCAGAUUCUCUCACCAGAGGCCGGGCAUACGAUAAAGCCACUAAGAACGGAAACCUUUUGAGAGACUCUUCCUCAGAAAGGAGGGAGGGGAGGCACAGAGGGAAUGGGACAAUGGAGAGGCGGUACAGACUGGAGCGGGACUCUUCCCCUGACAGCAACUACAGUCGGGACGAGCUGAACUAUGCAGCAGCAGCACCCAGACUGAAGGACUACUACAGCAUGAUGAAGAACAAUGCUGCACACAACAACGCUACCUACAACAAGACAGGACACAACAAUACUGCUGGAAGACGCAGCUCAAACCAGAUCCCUGAGCCCAAGAGAAGGCUGUACAAAGAAAACCCAAAAGACCUCAGUAUCUAGAGGGAAGCAGAGGUCCCCCCUCGCUAUUCUCCCCUCUGACCAUAAAUAAUACAUACUAUACACUGGAUUUGGACUUGUAACAAUACUAACUUAGUUUUUAUUUGGUCAAAAUGUUUAUGAAUUAAGUUGAUUAAUUAACCUACUUGUGGUCCCAUUCAGAGAUUCAUAAAAACAGCAGGAGUACAAUCCUUCUCUCAGUUAAUACUGGUUGUGUUGUCAUUGUUUUUGUUAUUUUGAGCAUAACAGAAGUUGUUGUGUUGUAAUUAAGGUAUUGUAGGUGCCUGCAUCAAGAUUCAGUAAUAUUGCUUUUUUGUAGGCAUUGCUGACUUUUAAUAUUUGUUCCCUUCAGAGGUCUCAAUAAUGCUUCCACUGUGGAAAAAUCCAAAUUCCUUGGCGCUUUUUCAAUGUUUUAAAUGUCCUUUUUGCUCUUAAAUUACUGGAACUUUUGAUACUUAUGAUUUGAAAGAACUGUGAAAAUGAGACAAAGCUCUGCAUUUAAAUUUGGAUGGUUAAACUUGAGCGUUAAAUUAUAAAUAUAAUAAUAUAUGAAAUUUCUAAUUUUGCUCUAUUUAUUUGAAUUUUACUCAUGUCUUGAAUGAGCUGCAUUAAAUCUUUAAGGACUAAGGGAGGGGUGUAAGCAUGCUGUACUGCAAGUUGUGUUGCAUCGUUGUUAAACAGCCCCAAUCGUUUUUCACAGACUGCAGCCCUGUCUACACAAACACAGAUAGUUUCUGCUGUGCUUCCACCUAAUACA